GGACAUCGUAUGACGUCCUCCCAUUCUAACCACGCAUGUGCGGCUCCAGGACCACGCGGCGAUCGGCGGUGCGCUGUGUCCCUCGGACACAGCGGAUCACCGAUCCACGGAAAGAGCCGAAGAUGUUGGCUCAGUCAUGGGACAUGUACACAGAUCAUCAGAGCACUGAUGAUCAGUGUGCCCUGAUGAUUUGUGUAGCCCCAGCAGUGCCACCUGUCAGUGUCCAUCAGUGCCAGCUGUCAGUGCUCAUCCAUGCCACCUGCCAGUGCCACAUUUCAGUGCCUACCAGUGCACAUAAAUGCCACAUAUCCGUGCCCAUCUGAGCUACCUUUCAGUGUCACGCAUCAGUGCCACCUAUCAAUGCCAGUCAGUGCCACCUAUCAGUGCUGCCAAUCAGUGCCACCUAUCAGUGCCAGUCAGUGCCACCUAUCAGUGUGCAUCAGUGCCGCCUAUCAGUGUGCAUCAGUGCCGCCUAUCAGUGCCAGUCAGUGUCAUCUAACAGUGCCAGACAGUGCCGCCUAUCAGUGCCAGUCAGUGCUGCCUAUCAGUGCCAUAUAUGAGUGCUGCCUUUCAGUUCCCAUCAGUGAUGCAUGUCAAUGCCCAUCAGUGCCACCUACCAGUGCCUCCUCAUCAGUG